AUGUCGUCCACUAUAGUUAAAAGUCCAUUGACACUUGUAUUACACAAUAUUGUGACUUUGAGAUGUAUCAUUCAACACGUGUAUCUAAUACAUAUCAAGCUAUUGCAAGAAAGAGAUUACGCCAAUAACGAUGCAAUCGAUGAAGCCAACCAAGACACCGUUCUUCCGAGUAGUAGUAGAAAGUCGCACUUGUUGUUGAACCCAAGUGCAGCGAUGGUACCGUCGCGAGCUGGUAAUGGCCAGGUGUACGAUAUCAUGACAUCGAGUAACAUCCAUAGAACGUUUAGAUACAAGGAUAUCAAACGAGUCGAGUGGAUGGUCGACCACGGAUACAUCUCGCUGCUCAUUGACAAGAUCGUUCGCAAGGAGACACUCACUUUUACGGAACGUGCUGUCGAGAGACUGUGUAGUUUCGGUUUACCAUUGGACCAAUUCAAGAUUAUAUUCAAUGCACAUAGACGAGAGUUUGGAGAUGUCUCUCAAUGCUAUUUCUUUGCUUCUACAGGUCCCAACUGUAACCUGCCAGUAUUACUGUUCCUUCAAGCACAGGUACCCGAGACGAAUCCAUUGGCUGCCCAAUUUACUACAGUUACAAUAGACUUGAAAGAUUCGUUCAAGUUGUCACCUGGACCAGUUCAAAAACGUACCAAGGAUAUACACUAUGACGCACUGAUGAACAGUAUUCAAGUACACUUGUACAAACCCACCAAAUACCCAGACGAGCCACAACACGACAUUAUCACCGCCAUCACCCCGUUUGUUAGUCCAAACCGCGUUGUCAAGGUCCUCUCCAACUAUGCAUCGUUUAUCAAGAGCAAAGACACACUCGGACAUUUAAUGACUACCUUUGCGUCAUUUGAUAUUGUCUAUCUACUCGAUGAACUAUACUUUUUGCAUGGCGAUGACUAUGAAUUGUUUAGAAAGUUGGAGAGUAUGAGCCCUGUCAAUCCAAAGCAAGACCAAACUGCUUUGUUUUCAAGAUACCGUCAUCGAGACACUGACAUUAUCAACAAGGAUCGUGUCCGUUCAUUGGAUUUCAUCUUACAAGCUUUGAAAAAGGAGAAUACCGAACCCAUCAUCAAAUACGAAGUUGUUUACGAAUCGAUAUCAGGUGCUAUUAGUGACGAAUCUCUACGAUGGGAGGCAGUCUAUCUAGAGAUGGUUACCUUUAUUUAUGGCAAUCAUUCAGUUAUUGAAAGUUUGAUUCAAAGAAGUUUAAAAUUGGCUAUCCAAAAUCAAGAGUAUUGGAACUAUUUAUUCUACUUGUACAAACCUCUUCCAACCAGUUUAAUUGAUGAAUUACUUAAAUGUGGUGAUAUGGUAACUCUAGACCAUGUCAUCGCCGUAAGAGAAAAAGGAUUUUUGGCAACAGAGUUUGCACUCAAUCAUUGCAAUCGUGUGGAUAUUAUGAAAUAUCUCAUGCAAGAGUUUGACCUCUCUGUAUUGCCAUUUGCUAUUGCCUUGCAAAUUGGAAAUAACAAUAUGGAGCUAGUUGACUAUUCACUUGGUAGAAUAUCAGAGUCUAGUAGAAAGGGACUGUCAAUCCCCAUCAGCAAGGCAAUCGCAAUGGACAAUUACCCAGUAUUCGAGAAAAUGAUUCUACUGUACACUGGUGAAAAGAAAUUAGAGUUUGAAUGCAACACUCAAAGGGAACUUGAAUUUCUAACAAAACAUUUUGUCGAUGUUUACAAUCAAGUAACCCUAAAGGAACCAACUAUCAUCAAAAUAUUUGCACAUGCCGGAUACACCGGAAAUAUUUCUACAGUCAUGAGAAUACAUGCUAUGCAUCCAGAACCAUUCUAUUCUCCAUCAAUAUUUGAUAAAGUUGUUAUUGGUGGUCAUCCAGAAACUUUAGAAUAUCUUUUAGAAAAUAGAAAAGAAGGAUUUUCAUCAACAUGUUGGAGAAUUGUAGGUAGAAUUGGAUCAAUUCAUCUUUAUAAAACACUUUGUCAACAUUCAAUGAUUAGCCAUAGUUAUGAGAUGAUCAAAGAGGCCUAUGUGUUUGGUCACACGGACUUUAUUUUAAAUUUAAUCAUGGAAGGAGCACAUCAAUUAAAUGUAUUAUAUCUCAAACACUCGAUUGAAGAGAAUCACGUUGAACUAUUGGAAUAUUAUUUACAAAGAAAACUUGGUAAAUUAAAAGAAGCAGAAGAAAAAAGAGACCCAAAGACAAAAAAGGUUAAAAAGUUUAGAAGAAUAUUGAAUAUAAUGGAAAGUCAAACUCAUCGAUUCGUAUCAGACAAUCUUAUUGAUUGUUUGGUUAAAUAUGUACCGGCAGAGGUAAUCAACGCUACAGAUCAUGAUAAAUUAAAAUCUUUAUUAAGAAGUUUGGGUAAAUUAAAUCCAAAAGAAAAAUCUUGUAUUAUAAUGUAA